UAUAGUGAAAUGACUUGAGUGUCAUGAAGCACUCGCCACAUAUUUCUUUUUGAAUUUAUUUGAUUUUUACACGUGUUUCAUAAUUAGACAAUAAUAUGGAAAAGCUAGAUUUAAAAAGAAAAAAAUUACCUAUUACACGCGAUGAGUUAGAAAAAUUAAGCAAAAAUGAAUUAAUUGAUAAAAUAAUUCAAAUAAAUGCACACAAUACUCAAUUAAUAAAUAUUAUCAAUAAAAAUUCUACAAACGGUCAAAAUGAAUCAUUUUUCAAAAAAGGUCAAAAGCCUUUUGAUUUUUCUAAAGCACAUUAUAGACAUAUAUUAUUAAAAUUAUAUUACCUAGGAUGGGAUUAUAAAGGGUUUGCAUGCCAAGAAGAUAGUACGGAAACAAUUGAACAUUAUUUAUUUGAUGCCUUAAUUAAAACAUGUUUAAUCAAAGAUCGUAAUUCAUCAAAUUAUCAUCGUUGUGGACGGACAGAUAAAGGUGUUAGUGCGUUUUGUCAAGUAAUAUCCAUAAAUGUUCGAAGUAAAUUUGAUAAGAAUGAACAAAACAACGAGGAAUCAUUAAAAGAUGAAAUCGAAUAUUGUAAAUUAUUGAAUAAAGUAUUACCAAAACAAAUACAAUGUAUUGCUUGGUGUCCAUUACAAAAUGAAGAGUUUAGUGCAAGAUUUGAUUGUGAAUCUAGAACAUAUAAAUAUUUUUUUCCAAAAUCACAAUUAAAUAUUGAAGCAAUGCAAAAAGCUUGUAAGUUCUUCAUAGGGACACAUGAUUUUCGUAAUUUUUGUAAAUUGGAUGUUGCAAAUGGUGUAACAGAGUACAUAAGAAAUGUCAUCGAUAUUUCUAUUGACGAAUCAAAUGAGAAUAAUAAAAAUAGUACAUAUAAUAUGUAUGUAUUAAAAAUAACGGGUAAAGCAUUUGUAUGGCAUCAAAUACGUUGUAUAAUGUCUAUACUAUUAUUGAUUGGAGAAGAAAAAGAACAACCAGAAGUGAUAAAAGAUUUAUUAAAUGUUGAUUAUGUUCCAAAGAAACCACAAUAUGUAUUAGCAUCAGAUUUACCAUUAAAUUUAUACAAUUGUCAAUACAAUAUUGAUGAAAAUCAAUGGAUUUAUAAAAGUGAUGCAUUGAAACAUUCCAUUUGUUGUUUGCAACAAAGUUGGUGUGAAAACGCUGUUAAAGCAUCCAUGGUUCAAACAAUGAUAAAUGAUUUAGUAGAACAAUAUAAUAAUUAUUGUAAAGCAACAGAUACUGAGACAGAUAGUAACGAAUCUCUUUAUAAACAGCAUGAAUUAUUAUUAGCUAAAGAAAGUCAAUCCAAAAUAUAUCAGCCUUUGCUUCAAAGAAAAACAUGUGAAAGUUUGGAAAAUCGUAUAACACAUUUUAACAAAAAACGAAAAACAUAUAAUUUA